UUGGACGUCAUCUUGAAUGAAAAAUUCUCACUUUAUUAUUUAUAUAGCUAAAUUAAACACGUUAGAAGACUUGUGUGUAUUGUUUCCGUUCAUUUGUCGACUAAAUUAAACCAGGUGUAUAGUGAUGCGUGUUUAAUUCUGACUCGUGCCGUUAAUUGGAUGGCAGUGUAACGGUGACGCUCUACGCUUUUGUGUCGGUGAUGUAAUUUAGGUGGCUUCCUAGUGGCAGGCGCUAUAAUGGAAGAAUCUUCAUUUACGAUCCCCGCAGACGACAAUGGUGAUACUGAGCUCGAUCCUAGAAUACAGGUGGAGCUGGAAAAGCUGAAUGCUGCCACAGAUGAGAUCAAUAAGCUGGAAUUGGAGCUGGAUGAGUCUAUGAAAACCUUCCACCUUCUCUUGAAUGAGACGUCCCGACGACUCCAAGGAUUGACCAAACGACUCGGAACUUGCGUGGACAAGUCCAGACCCUACCACGAGGCAGUUGCUGCCGCUGCAACAGCCAGGACAGAGUGCCAGAAGGCUGCUGUACAGUUCCAGAGGGCUAGUGAGCUCCACGCAGCAGCUAAAGAGACGGUGACACUCGCGGAGCAACGUUUCGUGAGCAAGCAGGAUGAGUGGCAGUUCGACAGCAACUGGCAGGAGGUCCUCAACCAUGCCAUCAUCAAGGUUAUGGACGCAGAGAAAAGAAAAGCAGAGAGCGGCCGCGAGCACCAAAAGAAAGCCGCUGCCUUCAUCGCCGCGGAAAAGAAGGUCGCCCAGCUAGAAGACAAUUUGAAACGCAACAUCAUCAAGUCACGCCUCUACUUCGAGGAGAAAAAACUAUGCGACGAGCAGCUCCAAACACAGAACAAGAAGAUCGAGAAACUCCAACGACUCAUAGCCGAUGCUAAAUUCAGGUACUCAAAAUCUCUUAAAGCUCUAGAGGAAAUAUCCGAAGAAAUUCAUAGAAGGAGGGGCGAGUAUACCGGCAAAGAUAUCCCUGUAGGCCCGCGCGAACCAGGAGUAGGCGCGGAAAGAGACCCCAUACACGAUGAAGUUAAACUCGAUGAGGAAACUGAUGGAGUCGAAAAAGACGAGGAAUCUAGUCUCCAAGAACUGAGAAUGCGGGUGAGAGAACUAGCACUUAAACCUAUAGAUAGAACUGAUGUUGAAACAGAUGAAGCUUGGGCGCUAGAACUUAAUGAAACCAUCAACAAAUUAGACCAACUUCUGAUGAUGAAGGAAAAUAACCAGCAGAAGAGGUCUAAGUUCACAGCUAGCUCUCCAAGAAAUGCUAGCGCACCGUCCACAAGCACGAAUUCAGCUUUCAAAUACAGUCAACCACCGAGUGACUCCUGGAAAAACGAAACUAAUCUAACUCGUGUCAAAUCCAGGAGCCGCGAAGUCAUGUAUGACCACAACCCCAUACCUAUAAGCAAGACGGAAAAAUCUAAAAGCAUGAUGUCUUUAGAUGUCUUAGCUUUAGCCCGAGAUACUAAUAUUAUGGACAGGGAAUCUUACCUUAAAGCGGUUAUUGAAGAUAAGAGUCCGACUGGGACGUACACUGAAAGCAAUUCCGAUAGGAAUGAUAGUCCAGAUGAGAUCUUAUUGGUUGAGUGUGAUUCUAGCGACUCUACACAGAAUCCUGUCAUAAGAAUGACAAGCUCUACUGUCACUGAUAGCGAUAACAGUUGAAUUAAAGGGGAAUAGAGUCAAUUGUCUAAAAAAAUGUUGCAUAUCUGUUUUCUAAGUAAGUUUUUUCAUAAAAUUUGUAUUUGCAGGUUAUGUUCGUGUGUUGUAUGUUUAGAGUUUGAAUUUCAUUUAAUUCAUUUUGAUACUUGCGAUGUUAUAAAAUGAAAUAAAAAUGGAACAACGACAGUAAGUUUCAAUUCAGUAGUAUAUUUAAAUUAUAACUGUUUAUAAAAUUAUUUGAAAUUUUACGAAAAGUAAAUUUUAAAAUAGUUUACGUCAGAGAAAGCGAGACAAACUUGUCUCAUUUCAAUAUUGGAUAGACAUUAUGAAGUUAUGUUAUAAAUAAAAUUGGCGGCCAGUAAAUUUAAAUAAAACGUAAAAUUGUAUGAAAAUAAUUUUAAUUUCUCAGUAGUUACGUUUAAUGCCAAGCUUGUCUUAUUUUACAAAAAUAUCUAACAAUAUUUAAAGUUAGAUUGAUAUUAUAUUUAGUUAAUUAACUCGUUCAUAAUAUUUUGCUCACUUUAAAUUAGUUCUAGUUGUUUAUAUGUCGGUGGCUGAUCAUAAAAACCGGAGGACCGUAGAGCUUCUAUGUAAUCACA